GUGAGGAGGAGGAGGCGGCGGCGUUGGUGUGGGGCCCGUGCCUGAACCCUCUCCCGCCGCCAUGGCGUACCGCGGGCAGGGCCAGAAGGUGCAGAAGGUGAUGGUGCAGCCCAUCAAUCUCAUCUUCCGCUACCUGCAAAACAGGUCCCGGAUUCAGGUGUGGCUCUAUGAGCAAGUAAACAUGCGGAUAGAAGGCUGCAUCAUUGGCUUUGAUGAAUACAUGAACCUCGUAUUGGACGACGCAGAGGAGAUCCACUCGAAAACAAAAUCAAGGAAACAGUUGGGUCGGGUCAUGUUAAAAGGAGACAACAUCACCUUGCUCCAAAGUGUGUCUAACUAGAACUGCUCGUCGAUGAAAUCCGUAGCUGUAGACCACCGCCAUUGAGUGAAGGCCAGAUACCCUGGCUAGUUCUUCCCAGCUGUCCCCUCAGAUCUUAGAACCAUAAUGGUUUUGCCUUUUAUUUUUUGGUUUUGGUCUUUCUUGAACCGCGCGAUGCCUUUUAUUACAACUUUUCACUUGGAAUAAAGGAUUCCAGGAGUGUUUUUGUUUAAA